UAGAAAUAAAAACCGAGGAUUGUUAUAGUCGUGCGACAAGUGCCCGAGAUUACGAAGAUUGAGAGAGAGUGUUAAACCCCCCAAACCAAACCCCAAAAUGGCGAUGAGAGCAGCGGCGGCGGCCCCUCGCAGCUUGAGGCGGCUGUUCUCAACCUCCACCUUCAUUCCUCCGCCGAUCACUGCGGCCACUCCUGCCACUCCUCCGGCUGAGCCCUCCACCAACCUUUUCGUCUCUGGGCUUAGCAAGCGCACUACUUCAGAAGGGCUUCAUGAGGCAUUUUCAAAGUUUGGUCAAGUGGUCAAUGCUAGAGUAGUGACUGAUCGUGUAUCAGGAUAUUCCAAGGGGUUUGGUUUUGUGAGAUAUGUUUCCUUAGAAGAUGCCGCUGAAGGUAUAAAGGGCAUGGAUGGCAAGUUUCUGGAUGGUUGGGUGAUAUUUGCAGAGUAUGCAAGACCUAGACCAGCUCCAUCUCCUCAAAACAAUGGGGCUCCACCAUAUGGUCGUUGAUGACUCCCAUAUUCAACGGAUCAAGCUUGUCAUCUUCAAACCAAUUUUGUCUGGGAACAGCUUCUAUCAAUUGUAGUUCCCUAUAAUUAUAGUUUUUAUGAACUACAGUUAUCCAUUGAUUCCUCUCAUGUGAGGUUGUUUGGUCAGCCAUUCCCUGGAACUUCAUUUUGUGGUGUAGAUUUGCCUUAUAUGAGAACUGAGCACAGACUAAACUGAAAAGUAUAUGGAUUUCAAAUUGGUGCAUGUUGGAACAAUAAUGUGGAACUAUUUUUAUUUUCUAUUCAUUUGCAUUUCAGAAACUCAGUUUAUAAUAAUAUGCCUGAAGGGUAAUUAUUUGAACUGUA